UGAGAAUGUUAACAAAUUCUAAGCCCACAGUGAACUUUUGGCACCUCUUCGGCCCAUGAAUGGCAGUCACGCGAUGGCCACGCGCUAUACCCAUCUUCAUCUAAAAACCCAACUCUCCAAAACCCUAUGCUCUGUUCGCGCUGCCUCUGUCUCACUCUCCGGUUUCUCCUCUCCCACUCUCCUCUCUUGCUAUCGGAUUGAUCAGAGAUUUCCAAAAUAUCUCGGAUAAAUUCCGAAAGUAUUUCCGAAAUUUAUUUUAGGUGGAGAUUCAUUAAGAUUUUGUUCCAUUUUGUAAAUCAUAUAAGUAAUACAUGGUGGCUCUAUUGAAUUUGUAGAUACGGUAUAGGUCGUAGUAGGAGUUUUUUUUAUCCUGGUCGGUUCAAAGAGCUAGGGUUUGUUUCACCUUUUUCUCAGAGGGAGAGGGGACGGAGAUACAAGAAACAAUCACCCCCCAUUCACAUCCCAGAGAGCUGUGGUUUUGAAUUGGUUUCAGAUAGAACACUGUGGUGUGAAUAAGAAUGAUAGCGGCUAUUUCAUGGAUCCCAAAAGGGGUGUCAAAGUCUGUUCCUUCGGUGGUUGAGCCACCUUCAAAGGAGGAAAUUGAAGAGAUGCUCAAGAACGGUGCUUUGGAGAGAUGUGGAGAUAGUGAAAGCGAGGAAGAUGAUGAAAUUAUGGAUGCUGAUGCUGCCAAGCAGGAUGAUACAGUUGCCCAUGCAUUAGCUGCUGCAGAUGCCCUGGGCAAGACUCCAAAGAACUCAGGAACAAGUUUCCUGGACAUAACUGAUGGUCUGAAGGAACUUGACAUGGAUCAUUAUGAUGAUGAGGAUGAUGGCAUUGAGGUAUUUAGCAAGGGGCUUGGGGACACCUACUACCCAAGUAAUGACAUGGAUCCAUACCUGAAGGAUAACAAUGAUGAUGACUCUGAAGAGGUUGAGGAUAUGACUAUAAAAGCAGAGGAUUCAGUCAUUGUUUGUGCACGUAAUGCGGAUGAUCUCAGUCAUCUUGAGGUUUGGAUAUUUGAGGAAUCAGAGGAUGGUGAUUCAAACAUGUAUGUACAUCAUGAUGUCAUAAUCCCAGCAUUUCCCCUUUGCACAGCAUGGCUUGAUUGCCCACUUAAAGGUGGAGAAAAAGGGAACUUUAUAGCUGUAGGCUCAAUGGAAACUUCCAUUGAGAUAUGGGACCUUGACAUUAUUGAUGAAGUCCAACCAUUUUUGGUAUUAGGUGGUGUUGCUGAGAAGAAGAAGAAAGCAAAGAAGACAUCGGUCAAAUACAGAAAAGGCAGUCACACCGAUUCAGUGCUUGGUCUUGCUUGGAACAAGGAAUACAGGAAUAUACUUGCUAGUGCAAGUGCUGAUAAACUAGUCAAGAUUUGGGAUGUCACUUCAGGAGAAUGCAAUAUCACCAUGGAUCACCAUACGGACAAGGUUCAAGCAGUUGCCUGGAAUCACCAUGAGCCCCAAGUUCUUCUAAGUGGAUCAUUUGAUCGUUCAGUAGUUAUGAAGGAUGGGAGGAUACCAACGCAUGCUGGUUUUAAGUGGUCAGUCACAGCUGAUGUUGAAAGCUUGGCAUGGGAUCCACACACUAAUCACUCUUUUGUGGUCAGUUUGGAGGAUGGUACAGUUCAAGGUUUUGAUGUUCGUACUGCUAAGUCAGAUUCGGCUUCUGAGUCAAAGCCAGCUUUCACUCUCCAUGCACAUGACCAAGCUGUUUGCACAAUCUCCUACAAUCCCUUGGCACCUAAUCUUCUUGCAACCGGAUCCACAGAUAAAAUGGUAAAACUUUGGGAUUUGUCAAAUAACCAACCUUCCUGUGUUGCAACCAGGAAUCCUAAAGCUGGAGCUGUCUUUUCCAUUUCCUUCUCAGAGGACAGACCCUUUUUGCUGGCUAUAGGGGGUUCUACGGGAAAAUUGGAGGUAUGGGAUACACUAUCUGAAGCUGCAGUCUCAAGAAAAUUUGGCAACUACAGUAGUCAGAGCAUAUCUAAACCCGAGGCUUGACUGAAUUAGAAAAUUAAGGAUGCAGUUUUGGUUUUCAGCCUAAGAGCUUACAUGAUAAUGUGAUAGGAAAGCGUAUUUGCUCAUGCAUCAGCCAAUUUUGUGUGUGUGAUUUGGAAAAUGAAAUAGUACAUGAUUAUAAUGGUCCUGUGCACCACUUGAAAAUAAAUUAAUCUUUCUAGUGACGUUUAGAAGCUUUUGAAAAUUUCAGAUGGAUCUUAUAAUGAAAGUUCUAAAUGGAAUUCAGUAUGUGAAGAGAAAUGUUUUAUUUGUA